ACACAAAACAAAUCACAACUCUGUUUAUUUCUUCCAGAAACUAAAACUAACCAUGGCUGAUCAUAACACUCCUCCCUAUGACCUAACGAAACUCGACCAUUACAUCAAAUACCAACCUGCAGAAGAAGCUGAAGACUUUUUUGUCGAUGUCGAGGUCAAGGUUCUCGGAAAAGGAUCUUCUCCGUUAGAGAUCUUCUUAUCAACCUCGGUCUAUGAUUUCAUCUGGGAAGACGAAGAUUGUUAUGAGAAAGCAGAACUUUACGAAUUCUUUGUCGAGGAUGCUGGAAUAGAUUCAUACGAGGCUCAGUUCUUGGUCAAUGACUUGAUUUUGUACGUUAACAAGGUGACACGACCGCUUGACGAGGACUUCACAGGAGUUUUCAAGUUGAUGGCCGAAGUUAGGGUAAAACCGGUCGAGCUUAACCAUGCCGGUUCAGAUCAAACCGAAUCCCAUUAGCCAAUUGCUACGACGGACGGUUAGAUUGAAAACCAAAAUAAAAGGCAGGACAGGUA